AUGUCCUCCGACGCACCGGGGCCGUCGGCACCGCAUGACUCGAGUCUGAUUGUCGAUAAAGCAGUCACCCUGACUCUGGGCAGUGACUCGCUACUGAUUGCUGACAACCGCACUUCUCGCCAACAGAACCGUGGCUGCUGCGGACUAUGCAAGUCAAGAAAGAAGACUAAUACGACGCAAACAAUAUCUUUAUAUAAUAUCCUCGACGCCGAGGUGAAUCCCUCUAACCUCGUCAUCACGUUCGCCGAACACUCCUCGUCGGACAUUGUCACCAUUUCCGUUCUUCACUAUCCCAUCAGCGAGAAGGAGAAGCCUGCGAUCGAGGCUUGGGUAAACAAGCUACUAGUCCAGGCAUACGGUACCGCUCAGCGCAGGAGGCGCAUCAAGGUCCUGGUCAAUCCUUUCGGUGGCAAGGGAACGGCGGCGAGCCUCUACCAAACAUAUGCAGCACCCAUUUUUGCCGCCGCGCGUUGCCAGGUGGACGUACAGAAAACUGAGUAUCGCGGCCAUGCCAUUGAGAUUGCAGAGCAGCUGGACAUCGACGCGUACGAUGCGAUUGUCUGCUGCUCCGGUGAUGGCCUGCCCUACGAAGUCUUCAACGGCCUAGGCAAGCGAUCCAACGGCAGGGAAGCUUUGGCAAAAGUGGCGGUCGCCUUGCUUCCUUGUGGCUCCGGAAACGGAAUGACUUGGAAUUGCUUGGGAACAGGAAGCGUCUCGAUCGCGGCUCUGGGACUUGUGAAGGGACAAAGUGCUCCUCUUGAUCUGGUCUCAAUCACCCAAGGGGACACCCGCACUCUUUCUUUCCUGUCGCAGUCCUUUGGUAUUGUCGCCGAAUCGGACCUGGGUACAGACCACGUCCGGUGGAUGGGCGCCCAGCGCUUCACCUAUGGAUUCCUCGUUCGGCUGCUGAAGCGUACUAUUUGGCCGUGUGAUCUUCACAUCAAGGUUGAAAUCGAUGAUAAGCAAGCUAUCAAGGACCAUUACGCCACCUUUGCAGCUCGAGAAGUCGAUCCUAAGGCUGACAAAUUGCGUCUUAAGGCUGCCGAGCAAUCGCCAGCGCUGCCGGAGCUUCAGUAUGGCACGGUCCAGAGUGAGCUCCCAUCGGAUUGGGAGCCCGUCCCAGGUGAAACGAUGGGCAAUUUCUACGCAGGCAACAUGGCCAUUAUGUCAAAGGAUACCAACUUCUUCCCUGCCUCGCUCCCAGAUGACGGACUCAUGGACAUCGUCACCAUUGACGGAACUGUUAGUCGCACGACCUCCCUGAAGAUGAUGAAUGAGAUCAGUACGGGUGGCUUCUUCGACAUGCCCGAUGUGACCAUCCGCAAAGCCACGGCAUUCCGCCUGGUUCCACACGAGAAAGAGGGCUAUAUCAGCAUCGACGGCGAACAGGUGCCAUUCGAGGCCCUUCAAGCCGAAAUUCACCGUGGGCUGGGCACGACACUCUUUAAGACUGCAGGUCUAUACGAGGCUGACGGGCCGAAGUGA